UUGAAAGCAAAAAGAUUAUGCAAAAGCUACGGAACUCUUCGUCCGCCGUUUAUACCGACGACUGACUUACAGCGGUAUAUAAAGCCAACUCCGCCAAGUUGAGCCACAUUUAACCGCAAACAUGUCUGAAUUUAUGAAUUUCGAACCAAUGUUUCAAGAAACGUAUAAGUUCAUAUUAGAUCGUAUAAAGUCGAAUCAGAUUUAUAUAAUGGAUGAAGGGUCGUGGCGGGGGCGUUUGUGUUGGAUUAAGUUGGUAGUGAAUAUCCUGGCGGCAAUCAGCCACACGGCUGGCGUGCUCGAGAGGAUCAGCCAGGGAGCUGACUUAGUACAGUUGUCCACUGAUUUGUCAGCUGCGCUUAUCCUUUGGCAAGUGUCCCUCUUGUACAUACAGCUCUGUCUAAACCGAAAGUUGCUUAAGAACUUCAUUCUACACAUGGGAUCGAAUUGGCGGACCGACGUUCAGCUGCGCCCGGACAUGAUCGCAGUCAAACAUGAGUACGUUACCACAUUCCUCAGGUGGAUUACGGUAUUCUACAAAGCACUAAAUAUCUACUUGUUUCUGUACCUAUUGCCGCGUUUAGCGUAUAUAGCAGUGAAACAUCUCAUCUUAAAAGAUAGUGUGACUUUCGUGACGCCAUUCUAUGUGAAGAUGCCGUUUAAAUACGAUGACAAGUUUUUACUGUACAGCCUCGUGUAUUUGGCCGAUUCAAAAAUCUUACAGGAUGUAGGCUACCUAGUUUGUUUCGACCUGCUAUUUAUGAACGCCGCUAUGCACCACCUCCGCCUGAUGUUCGUGAUGCUGCAAGACGACCUCAGGCACGUGCAUGAAGGAAGCGUGAAACAGGCCGAGAACACGCUGAAAAAACUCAUCCCGCAUCACCAAGAUUUACUGAAGUUGAUGUUUGAGCUCAGCAACGCGUUUGGUGCCAUCUUCAUAAUUCACUUGGCUUUCUUUUCUGGAACAAUGUGCUUCUUUGGUUUUGCUGCUCGAGUACAUUGCAGCCCCGAAAGUAUCAAAAACUUGUUCGCAGCAAAUAUAAUUUUAGUUUGCAUUUACACAUGCUGUUACUAUGGACAAAAUCUUACUGAUGCGAGUGUCGACGUCGCUCAAGCGGCCUAUGAAAGUCAAUGGCAACUGAAGUCACAAGAAUAUAAAAAAUGCAUUCUUAUUAUCAUGUUGAGGUCGCAGAAGGCUCAGUACAUCAAAUCCACGAGUUUCACCGACGUAUCGUUGCAAACUUUCACCAAGAUACUGAACGUGACUUGGUCGUUCCUGUCGCUCAUCACUAAAGUGUAUGAAGCAUAG